AUGACUUACGAGUACAAGUUCGAGGGCUGGCUCGGCCACAGCGAAAAGGCCGCCCAGGGCCAGAUGGAAUGGGGCAUGUUCGAACCCAAAACAUGGACAGAGAACGACGUUGAUAUUCAAGUGACACACUGUGGUGUCUGUCUCACCGACAUCCAUGUCCUUAGGUCAGAUUGGAGUCCGACGCCAUACCCGUGCUGUGUGGGCCACGAGCUGGUUGGCAGAGCCGUCCGCAUUGGCCGCAACGUAAAGGGCAUCAACGUCGGCGACCGCGUCGGUGUCGGCCCACAGGCUCGCAGUUGUGAGCGCCCUGAUUGCUUCGAGUGCUCUUCUGGACAGCAGAACUACUGCAUUCGCGCUGUUGCCACGUAUGGCUCGGUCUACCCUGAUGGUGAGGGGAAGUCCUUCGGAGGGUUUGGCCACUAUAAUCGAACCAACGGCAACUUUGUGUUCAAGAUCCCCGACGGGCUAUCGUCCGAAGAUGCAGCUCCAAUGCUAUGCGCCGGCCUCACCAUGUACACACCACUGAAGAAGUAUGGAUGUGGACCCGGUAAGAGGGUCGGAAUCGUCGGGCUUGGUGGAUUGGGCCAUUUCGGUCUCUUGUUUGCGAGAGCGCUUGAGGCCGACCAGGUGGUCGCCCUCUCGCGGAAGUCGACCAAGCGGCAAGAUGCAUUUGCUCUUGGAGCUCACAAAUUCAUUGCGACAGAAGAAGAUGCCAGCUGGACCGUUGAACAUCGCCGUUCUCUAGACUUUAUGAUUCUGACUGCUUCGAGUCCCGAUUUGCCUGUCACCCAAUAUCUGGAACUGCUCAAAUGUGGCGGCACUCUCAUUCAGCUUGGGGCUCAUGCCGGUGGCCAGUUCCCUUCGUUCAGCGCCUUGACGCUCUUGUUCAAUGGCUUAAGCAUUGCCGGCUCCAUCACUGGCUCUCCCGCGGAGAUGAGGGAGAUGCUGGAUUUCGCAGCGGAGAAGAACAUCAAGCCGUGGAUUCAAAAGCUGCCUUUGGAGAAUGCCAACCAGGCUUUAGUGGAUUCGGAGGCUGCUUGCGACUUAUGUUUCGUCAAAAAGAUCAAAUGUGACAUGUCCGAGCCUCAAUGCUCCAACUGCAAGAUUUACAGCACAGAAUGCUGCCGGAGCGUAUCGAGACCAAGGGCCAAAUUGCCUAAGCCAAGACCUGCUUCUGCAAAUGUAUCUUUUGUGAACUCGGCCAUCGAGACUUCAAUGAAUCCACCAUGCGACAAGAACAAUGCUGUCGCAGGAUGCCAGGACCAGCUACGCGAGAUACCCGCAUUACUCGGGGAUGACUCGCACAGCAAUGGCUGCGCUGCCACCGAUCAGCCGGGGAAAAGCCAGCCAUGGACAUUCAACCCCAUCAGUCCGAGUUUGUUUUGUGGCCCUCCCGAUAAACACCUAUCUUUACCGCCGCUGGACGAAAUCUUACCGAUGAUUGACCACUACUUCAGAAGCCAUAACUCGUCGAUCCCUCUUUUCAACCAGACCUCGUUUAUGAGAAUGGUGACUGGAUUUUUCGGUCUUGAUUCCAAACGCGACACGGCGUCAUGGGCGGCGAUUCUCGUGGUGGUAGGUCUGGGUUCGCAGUCACUUAUACCCGGGCAUGAGUCCCGUCUCGGGCCCAUCGAAAGGAAACGUUGGAUCGACUACUGCAUGUGCAAGGCGCAAUCGGCAGUGUUUGAGCUCGCAAUGAGAGAUUCAGACUUGCUCGGGAUCCAGGUGCUGGUGGCGCUGGCCAUGUUAUUCCGCAAUGCCUUCGACAUAAGGCCCUCGGCCAUUCUCCUUGGGAUGGCUGUGAGGUUAUCGCAUCGAUUGCAGCUGCAUUCCCACGAUGCGGCGCGAUACUUCACAGCCGACGAGCUUAUGGAGAGAUCAAAUGUGUUCUGGGUAACCUACAUGCUCGACAAGGACCUCUGUCUCAAGACCAAAGCACCUUACUUGAUCUCCGACUCCGACAUCAACAUUACAAUGCCACCCAGCGCACCCCUGGACAAAUCUGGAAUCAUCCGAACGAAGGACGACGACCUCGACCUCGACCAGUUCAACAUAUUCCGGCAGCGCCUGGAACUCGCCCGCAACGAGGGCAAAGUCUACGACCUCCUUUACUCACGCCACGGCGUCAAACUCGAGACCCCUGAGCGGCGAAGCCGCGUGGAACGUCUUCAGAAAAUGCUAGACGAGUGGUACCAGCGCAUCCCGCCGUCCUUCAGGAUCGAAACCGCCUCCAGCAGCAGGGUGGGAGACGCGGAGCUGAUCCAAUUGACGCAUUUGUAUCAUAUCUACCUGUCAUGCUUGAUCGCUACACAUGGGGUCUGGAGCAGUGAGGCCGAAUGGAUCCGAAGGGUUGGGUCGCUGGGCAGGGCGGCGAUCGAAGACUUCGCGGCCGCCGUGUAUGGACCCAAGGUCACGAAAUGCACGCAGGCGCAGUGUCCGCCGCUUGUGCGCGCAUGGAAUCACUGUGUGGACAUCAGUCGGAAGACCAUAAAGCUAUUCCAAGACACCUCCCACCCGGAGUGUCUAAUCUGGCAAUGCAUCUGCGCACACUUCUCAGGCCUCGUCGUCCUUCUCGCAGACAUCUCCAACCCGGACUCGCCGCGCGGAUUCCAAGUCCAAGACCUGACGUUGGUGACGACGUCGCUCGAAAUUUAUGACCAGCAGUUCGAAGGUGUCCGUUCCACCAUAUACGAGUCGCUGAAAAUCAUCGUCGAGGACUUGCGUAUAAAUGCCGCAAAGGUCGUGGACAAGGUCCUUCUCGAGCCCUCUGAUGAGCAAGAAUCCACAGUCAGCACGACGGGUUGCAGAAGAGGAACAAAUAUGUUUCCCAACUACGACAUAUUGCCAGAAUUCGGUUAUCACGAAGAACAGGCGAUGGGAUUUGAGAUGUUUGAGAUGGACGGCGAUGCAGCUCACUACAUCCAAGACGACGGGAUGCUAUUAUACGUCAAUGAUUAG